CGCCGCUUCCGGCCCGCGCGGCGCUUCCGGGUCAGUGUCGCCAGGGGAAGCGGCGGCGGCGGCCCUGGAGUCCCGGUGGCGGCAGCGGCGAGGCCAGGCCAGGCCAUGGGCGGUACUGUUAGGCUCUGAAGGCUUUAAUGGAACUAGAAACGCAGUAAGCAGGUGGAUGAGGCACAAAAUUAACUCUCGACAUCUGGGAGCUUUAAACAGAGUGACACUGUAUUAAGUAUAUUGGAGGUGGUGGCUUUUCGGAGUACCUGGAUAUUUCAGUUCAGCAGAGCAGUAAAAUGUUUGCAAAGCUGAAAAAGAAGAUAGCAGAAGAGGCAGCGAUUGCUCCCAGGCCAGGGGGAGCUGCCCGGAUACCCAGGUCUGUCAGCAAGGAGUCAAUCACGUCCGUGGGAGCAGACUCCGGAGAUGACUUUGCUUCUGAUGGAAGCAGCUCUAGAGAGGAUCUUUCAUCUCAGUUGUUCAGAAGAAAUGAACAAAUCAGAAAACUGGAGGUCAAGCUGUCUGAUUAUGCUGAUCAGAUCCGAAACUUGCAGAAGAUAAAAGAGAAGCUUGAAAAUGCGUUAGAAAAGCAUCAGGAUUCCUCCAUGAGGAAGUUUCAGGAGCAGAAUGAAGCUCACCAGGCCAGUCGUGCCAAGAUGGCUGAAGGAAUGGCAUUGGCCUUAGAGAAAAAGGACCAGGAGUGGAUGGAAAAGCUUGGUCAAGUUGAAAAGGAAAAGAAAAUACUUGAGAGACAAUUGCAAGAAAUAAGGGAGACAAGUUUGAACCUUUUUCAAAAAAGAGAUGAUAUUGAUGAACUGGAGGGCUUUCAGCAGCAGGAGAUUGCCAAAGUUAAACACAUGCUUUUGAAAAAGGAAGAAUCUCUGAGCAAAGCAGAGCAAGAACUAGAGGCAUGUGCUCGAGAACUAAGCCACACUAAAGAGGUGCUUCAGGAUGCAAGCAACGAGUCAUCAGGCCUAAGGAAAGACCUUCAGGAGUUGCAGAAGCAGUUCUUGGAGCUAGAGGCACAGAGGGAUGAACUAAUGACAGCUGAAACACAUGCAGAAAAUAAGAUCACUGCUCUGGAGUUAAGAGAACAGGAGCUACAAACUGUCAUUCAGCAGCUUUCUGUAGACUUGCAAAAUGCUCGAGUUGCUGGUUCUGGUUGUGAGAAGAGAUUGGAAGCAUUACAGAUGGAGCAUGAAUCUCUGAAGAUGGAAUAUCAGCAACACAAGCAAAAGGUGACUUUUGAAUUUGCUGAGAGGAAUAAACUUACUGAGCAGCUGCAGGAAAAAGUGUCUUCCUUGGAAAAAAAGCUGGAAAGAAAUCUGUCAGGGGAUGAACAUGUGCAGGAGCUACUCAAAGAGAAAGCUACUCUGGAGCAGAAGCUGGAUGAAACCAGGCAGCAGGUACUGACAGAUAGAAUGCACCACACUGAGACUGUGAACCAGUUGGAAACACAAAAUAAAGAACUGGAACAAAAACUACAGAUUGCGACAGAAGAAUUGAGAAAGAGCAAAGAAGCAGCUGCUGAGCAGGAUCUGAAGAUCCAGAAGUUGCAAACUGAUGUAGAAGAUGAAAGAAGUAAACUACAGCAACAGAUUUUAAGUGAGAAACAUCAGAAUGAUGAGAAAAUUACUGGGCUGGAGUCUCAAAUUGCUGCUCUUGAAACAGGUUGGGAGUUGGAUAAAACAGCUGCUCAGCACAAGAUUAGCCAGUUGGAGAAGGAAAAUGAAAUGCUUAAUGGAAGCAGAGAAGAGUAUGAGAGUUCUUUAAAAAAACAGGAGUCUGAACUGAACAGGCUAAAGAAUGAAUUGAGCAGCAGAGAGACUGUCAGUGUUGAAAUUGCCAAAGCAUUGGAAGAAACACGAAAGCAGAGAGAGGAAUUACAACAGCAGGUUUCACAUCUGUCUUCAUUAAUAAAGGAAAAAGACCAACUGAUUGAUGAAAAAUGUGAUACACUUCUAAAACAGCAAGAAGAACUAAGACAACUCAGUCAAGAUCAUGAAGCUGUCUUGCUGCAAGUGCAUCAGUUGCAAUCUGACAUAGAAGCAAGUAAUAACCAAGCAGUGGAGAAAGAAGAAAUGGCAAGAAAGGAAAUCGAUGAGCUGAAGUUGCAGAUGCAGGAGUGCCUAUUGGCCAGAGAGCAGGAGAAAAAUGCUUUAGAACCAGAGGAGUCGACGAGAGCCUUGAACAAGCAUUUCCAUUCUCCAGAAAACUGUGUGGUGGAACAGAACGGAGAGGUAGCAGUUGCAGAUGUCAUUCAGCUUCAGAAGGAUAACAGAGAGCUGGAACAGCAGAUUGCUGAGAAAAACAAGAUGAUAAAGCAACUGCAGCAAAGAAUGACAGAACUCAAGAAAACCCUCCAGAAGGAGUUGAAAAUAAGGCCUGACAGUGAGGUACCUGAAAUCCGUGAAAAAGCAAAUUCUGAAGUGCCUAAUGCUUCUGUGACUGUCACAAACAACUCUGAUUUAAAUGACUCGAGGGAGAUAAACUUCGAAUACCUUAAACAUGUUGUACUAAAAUUCAUGUCCUGCCGGGAAUCUGAGGCAUUCCAUCUCAUUAAAGCUGUAUCUGUGUUACUGAAUUUUUCACAAGAGGAAGAAAACAUGCUGAAAGAAACUUUGGAGUACAAGAUGUCAUGGUUUGGGUCAAAGCCAUCUCCUAAAGGCAGUAUCCGGCCGUCUAUCUCGAGCCCAAGGACACUGUGGCCUUAAGGGAACCUGAAAAUGGGCAGUCAGCAUCUAGCCACUUUUUUCUGUGAAAAGGACGCUGAACACACUAAUUCAGGUGUGUCUUAAUCACUGUCAUUGCAGUAUUUUGUACAAGAACUUUUGACACUGUUUACAAAACUAAUACUGUGCAAGGAGAAAUUUUCACUACAAACUGAAACCUCUUCUGAGUUGGACUUGGGGACCGUUGUCUUGAUGGAGUCUUAACAGAAGUCAGCUCCUUGUGUUCAUCAGUCUUGUUUUCUUGGCACCAAAGGGUAAUGUUAACCUCACUAAUAGCGGUGCUGGCAGUUCAAGCUUCUAACACGUGCAUCUGUUAUGAUGGUGAUUCCAGCUUAUGUUAUGGAGUGCUCAAGCUGAGCAGCUCUAGGCACAGUAAAGCUUCUUGUCUCACUGUGGAAAGCAAGCAGUGGAUAAACAAAUAAUACUGGCAGUACUGUAUUGAGUUGUGGACCGUUUGAAAAGCCUUUCAAAGAACAGGAGCAGGAGCUUUAACCAAAAAAGAAAUCUGCCUUGCCUUGUUAUACUGACAUAACUACUAGUUUGCAUUUUUUCAUAUCACUGUGUAAUUUAAGGUGCGUAUAUCCUGGCCUGCAGUCCCGAAGGCUGCAUGUUGAUGAUGAUUAUUUAAUUUGAGAGCACAACUUUAGAGUUGUCUGAUUUUACUUUUCUUAAAGAAAAAUAAUAUUUAAAAUGGUCUUAAUUAUAGUACCUAAUACUCAGUCGCCUUGAAAACUAAUCUAUAAGCCUGUACCAUAGGUUGUUAGUGUAGGGAAGAAGGGGUAGUAAACCAUUUUAAAUUUUUAAAGCUGAAUUCCAGGUAUUGUAAAUGCACACUGAAAAUACCUUUUAUUUAAGAAAGAAUCUAGUGACAAAGGGUGAAGAAUAUUGGUACUAAUCACUUUGAUUUUUAUGCUAGCAACAAAUGUUCAUGACCAGUAUCUGCCUCUUUGGUUGUGGUUUUCUGUACUUCAAAUACUGAUGCUUAAAAACUGUUAGGAACAUGCAGUGGGCUGUUAACUGUGUCCUAACGACAUGGUAAAAGAAAUGCUGCUCGUGAGGUUUUUGGUUUUGAGGAUUCAAUUCAACUCCUAAUGAAUCUCUUCAUUCCAGCACUUGCUUUCCUUCCCUAUUAAGAAAAGGGGACCAAGGUGGUGCUUGCCUCCUGGAGGGGAAGCACAAUUUUGCCCACAGUUAUUAACAGCACUGCAAAAUCUAGAUUAAAAUGGGCAGCAGCAGCAAAUCUGAUUUCAUAAAGGACAUACUUUCCAAAAAUGACAAAUGUAUGGGAUUUGAUGAGCAGGGUCCAGUUCUGGUAAUUCUCUUACAAUGAGGUUUGUGUUACUAACAACACUUUAAUUAAAUAUGUUCAAGAAACUCAGCCUGUUCUCUAGUGGAGAUAGUUACUGUUCAGGUUUUUAACUUAGCUUUGUUAAUGGGAUCUGGAUGACCUUGGUGGUGGCAGUCAAGGUGCAGUGUUAUACAGCAUGUGAGCUGCUCCCUGCUUCCAUGCACACACUCCUUGUGGUAAAGAUGAGUUUCCUUCCACAUGAGGUCAGUCACCAGAGUGGUCAAUGUGCUGCAGAUCUGUACCCAGCUGGCCUCCCCAGUUUUUGUUCAGCAGCCAUACCCCAGGCACAGGUACUUGCAGUAGCUGUUACCUUGGCACAAGUGAUGCUCCUCAGUUUAGAGCUAGGUUAUAUUUAUUUGAAGUUAAGAAAACCAACAGGAUUUUCAGUACAAUAAGGUUUGUCCAAACAGUCUUUCAGUAACCUGAUCCAUGGCACUUAGUGAUGGCAUAGAGAAGUGCAUGGGCAGGGUACAACUCCGCUCUAAUAUGAAAACAGACAAUCAAAGAGUAGAUUUGUAUCAGUUGUUUCUCUACUGAAACAAAGCAGGGCAGGAUAACCUGUUGAUUCUGGGAAGAUUUUUCUUCUCAAAGAUCUUUUGCUUCAGAAUAUCCCUUUGCUCUGCCCUAUUUCUGUGGGACCUGAGACCAGGGGACAGGAUUCCCUCUACUCACGCUGAUGCCUGCUGAGCAACUAAUCGGUUUAUGUUGAUCCUGGCUUGAAAGGUUACUGCUGAACAGUGAGAAAAGCAGUGCGUGCAGCCUGGAAUGGAGUGACAAAACAAGAUCUUAGAUUACAUACUCACUAACACAACUUCACUUAAGAUCCCAAAGCUCAUACUGGAUCAAUUUACCAUAAACGAGUUCUUAAGUGUUGAAUUUUCUUUAGAGAUCAGAGCAAGAAUGGUGUGUAUACAUAUAUUAAAAAGCCAAUGCACUUUCCUUGUAUAAGUGAUAUACAUAAUCCUUUCUAUGGCCAUUGGAUUUCUUUCCUUCUAUGCUGUAAAUAUGGAUUGUAUUAUGAAACACUAUGAAAUUUGUGGUGCAAUACAUUUUGGAUCAAAACCCUAA